GCUGUGUUCUGCAUGUUUUCAAAAUCCGUACCCACAUUGCUGCCGUAACCACCUUGUGAAGGAUUAAAAAUUUUCAGGAUAGGUAUUUUACCAGCAUUCAGACAAAACCUAUUACUUAAAAACAUUUUAUGUGGAUGCAUUUCAUUUAUUUCUUUUGCUUCACAUCAUAGUCAUCAGCAGAAGCUUUUCCACAGAUUCACGAUGAAUGAGGCAAGUUCAUCUCAAUCUGAAGAUGGUUAUGUCCCAAAUGCUAAAGAGGCUGCUGAUUUAGUUACCAAAUUUGCAGAAGUUACAGGCACAGAUACGGCAUGUGCUCAGUUCUAUUUACAAGAUAGAGAUUGGGAUUUACAAAGGUCACUUGAUGCCUACUUUGGAGCAAAAAAAUCUGGAGGGGUACAUGUGCUCACAGAUGGUGAUGAACCACAGAUUGUUUUCAAUAUUAAUAAGGAUGUUGCUAACAAAUUAGCCGAAGCAGAAGAUGUCGCUAAAUUCCUCGAAACGGCAACGACGAAACCACCUUCAGAAUUCCGCAUGAUAUCAUGGAAUAUCGAUGGACUUGACGAUCGCAAUCUGAAAAUGCGUACCAAAUCAGUCGUCAAAAUCCUGCAGUCACAAAGGCCCGAUAUUGUUUUUCUCCAGGAGGUGAUCCCGAAAACCUUAGACUACUUGGAGAACAAUCUUCCUGAAUAUAAAUUCAUAGCUGGCGAUGAAGAUGGGUAUUUUACGGUUACCAUGCUUAACAUGUUUACCAUCCAUUACGACUCCCAUGACGUCAUCAGUUUUCCACAGACUACUAUGGGACGUAAUCUGCUUAAAGUUGAGGCUCAUAUGGGUACUCUAAAGUUGAAGCUGUUGAAUACUCACAUGGAAAGUACGGGAGAAUUUGCAGCUGAGCGAAUGAACCAAUUAAACAUCAGUUUCCGCGAAAUCAGUGAAACCGAUAAGUCUGUGAACGUCGUAAUGGGAGGCGAUUUGAAUAUGCGCGAUAAAGAGUUGGCCAAUGUCGGGGGAUUGCCUGAUCGCACGUAUGACGUCUGGGAAGCGUGCGGUUCGCGCAAGGAAUGCCAGUGGACGUGGGACACUAUGAGAAACACCAACAAGGAAUUUCCUGGCCAAUUCAAACCGCGUUGUCGCUUCGAUCGCAUCUUCUUACGGCCCUCCACGUCGAAUUCUGCCGUCCCUAAAUUCUUUGGUCUGAUUGGUUUACAAAAAAUUUCGGGGUAUCAGUGUUUCCCGAGCGAUCAUUGGGGGCUCCUAGCAGAUUUCGAUGUUAAGUAAGGAUGGGUCACACACCUGUGAUCGCUUAUUGAAUUGCAUUGUAAAAAUAUAAUGAAUCCAGGU